AUGGGCUGCUUCACAUUCGUCAAAUUGAUGAUGGUCUUGUUCAACUUGCUUAUCUUCCUGGGCGGCCUGACCCUGGUGGCCAUGGGGAUCUGGGUGAGCGUGGACGGGAGCUCGUUCCUGCAGCUGCUGGGCCCGUUCUCCAUCGAGGCCCUGCAGUUCAUCAACGUGGGCUUCUUCUGCAUCGCCAUCGGGGUCGUACUGGUGCUGCUGGGACUGCUGGGCUGCUGCGGGGCCCACAAGGAGAGCAAGUGUCUGCUGCUCACGUUCUUCUCCAUCAUCCUCAUCAUCUUCAUCGCUGAAGUGGCAGCAGGAGUCGUGGCUCUGGCCUACACCUCAUUCGCCGAGGGGAUCCUCAGGGCUUGGGCCACCCCCGCUCUACAGAAUGAUUACGGCAGUGAGCCUGUGGUCACGUCCACCUGGAACACCACCAUGACCGAGCUGAAGUGCUGCGGAUUCACCAACUACACCGACUUCCUGGGCUCCUCGUUUGAGAAUCAGACCGGAGGCAGCCUGCCGCCCGACUGCUGCUGGACCCGCAGCGCCCCCUGCAGCCCGGGAGAGGCCGAGCGCAGCAAUGUGCAGGGCUGCUUCCAACAAAUCCUGGAGACGCUGAAGAAGCACGCCAACAUCGUGGGAGGCAUCGCAGCAGGAGUCGGCGUCUUAGAGCUGGCGGCCAUGAUCGUGUCCAUGUACCUGUACUGUCACCUGGACGGCAGAGUGAGCUGAGGCACCGGCGGAGGAACACGAGGACGAGGAAUCACACGAGGCUCCGGUCUCAGGAUCCACGUUGUGUAACGUCACGUCCGUGUUGUGACUCUCAACGUCUUUGUGUUGUUUCUCUUCUUCCAGGGAAGCAUCUGUAGUUUCACUGUGAAGUCAUGUUAACCCCUCAGUAAAAUCCUUCUGUUUUUAAGUGGAGGAAAUGUGGAUUUAUUCUGAGUUU